CGGUCAGUGCGCCGCGUGCGUGUCUUCUCUCUCUCCUCGUCUCGCGUUCGACGACGCGCGCGUUCGCCGCCGCGGAUGACUUGGAAAAAAUAAAAAAAAAUAAAAAAAAAUAAAAAUGACCGAGAAGACGCGUCGAAAGUCCCGGCGGGAGAGACCACAUGGUCUCCGGCUGGUUAUGUAGCGCGAUCCGUUAGUUAGACCGCGCGUACGAGGUGGAGAGACUCUCCGUCAGGUGCGAGAAUUCACCUUCACAGAUCCGUAGAACCCUUCGUUACGAAGCCGCUCUCUUGUACACGCGUGUGUAACAACUCGGUUGUAUGCGUGAUGGGAUUCGCGAGUGUGUGUCGUGCCGUGCGACGACGUAGCGCGGAAAGGAACUCCGUGCCGAAUUGAGUCGCGCGUACACGCACGUAAAAACGGAGCAAAACAGGGAACGUUCACACACGCAGUGAGGAGGAGCGCCGAAAGAAAGAAAGGAGAGAAAAGUGAGAAAGAGAGGAGCGGGAGAGACAUGGCGCCCCCCGACAGAUUGCCUCGCCCUGGCUCCGGUCUCAGCCUCUCUGUGCUCGACCUGGCGCAGAUACGAGCGUUGGUCGAGUCGACCGGAAUACUGGGCGGAUCCACUUGUCCGUCCUGCGAGAUGCCGUUCGACAAGGGUAAGAAGCGUCGUCUGAUCGACUCCUGCGGCCACGAGCGUUGCUACUCGUGCCUGUUCCGCAGCGAGGCAUGCCCGCUAUGUCUGCGCGGCUACGAUCCCAACAACGACGACGCGCCGGACGAGGCAUCGCCGCUCAGGGACGAGUUCGCCGCUUCCACGGCACCGCUGUCCGUUUUCGCGCCCACGGACGGCUGGCUCGAUGAGUCAUCGACGGUGAAUUCUCUCUGCGGCAGCCCCAGGCCACGCACCAAAAUCACCACGAGGGCUAAUCUGCCCUCACGAAUCGCGCACCAACGGGACGAAGAGGAACCUCUCUUUAUAGCAAUGGCGAAGAACCUGAAAAUCAAGUCUCCGGCACUUCCAGACUCCUCCGUUCCUCAAGCGCGGUACAAAGUUGAAAUGACGCAAAAUUGUCCUAUACCGCCGAAUCAACGGAGAAGAUUCUUCCUCAAUCCGAAGGUGCUCAGAAGUUCCUUCGCCGCUCAGAGAUCCUCGAGACGCGCAGCAUCCUCGCCCGAGGACCCGACCGUGAACGACAAUCCCUCCGCGUUAUCAGUUUGGAUGACCUCGUCCUGGGAGGGAAGAUGGCCCGGCGUCGUCCUGGGGAAGAUCAAGUCGCUGUGGAGCAGCAGUCAGGGCACGGCCAACGACGGUCUGAAUCAGCUCAUCGGCUCAUCGAACAAAGUCACAGAUGACGAGGGCGGUUGCGUGAAACCGCUGUCCUCGAAGACCAAUCGGAAGUCGUCGCAGUCAGAUCUGUACAUGCGACUGGGUCUGCUGCUGGGAUCCGGUCGGGGAAACACGGAGACGGGUCCCACUUCGCGAGCUCCGAUACAGAGGAACGACAGCUCCGCGGCCUCCUUCAGCAGUCUGACCAGCUUCGAGACCCAGACUCAGGCCUCGACGAACACGAGCCCGGUGUCGACGCUGACGGGCACGUCGAGCGAGGCCGAGGCCGCGGCGGCGCUGCGAUGUCCCGUGAAAUCGAAGACCAAGGCCAAGACCAAGACUAAAUCCAGGGACUGCGACAGCAGCGGCAGCCUGGCGUCCAUCUCGACGUCGCUGUCCGCGUCCACGUCGAUGUCCAUGUCCAUGUCCGUGUCCGUGUCCGGUCUGUCGAACGGCAGCUCCAGUCCGCUCACGCCGAGAAGACAUUCCGUCAACACCGCGCAGGGAAGUCAGACCGACGAGUUCGGCCAGCUGAAGAACAGACGAUCCUGCACUCGGAGAUCGGCCAGAAUCGGCAACGUCAAAGGAUCCGUAGACACUAAACCGCGUUUCGUUCAGCAUCACGCGCAAUUGACUCUCAAGCCGUUGUUCUUCGAGGUGCCGUUGUUAGAAGAGGAUCCGCUCUUCGCGGGCCGGCAGUGGCUGUUGCACGAACUGGAAGCCGUGAUCAACGGUUCCGGUCCCGGUAUUCUGAUCUCCGGAUCGCCGGGCACGGGAAAAACCGCGCUCGUUCUGCAACUGGUGGAGCACAGCUGUUUCGGUAGACGAAGAGAGCAACCGAGAUCCCUGGAAGUGAGCGAGGAAUGCGACGAGAAGGAAAAACAAAUUGGCAACACGGUUCUGCAAGCUAAUAUCCGACACACUAAUGAAAAAGUUCGCGAAUUAGCGUCACACGUUGUCGCUUAUCACUUCUGCCAAGCCGACAAUAACAGUACCUGUCUAGUGCCGGAUUUAAUUCACUCGUUGGCAGCGCAACUCUGCCAGGCUCCACAAUUGAUCUCAUACCGAGAAUAUCUUCUGUCCGAACCUCAUCUUCAGGGUUCGCUGUCGCAAAGAGAAUGCACCGUCGAUCCGGAUCUCGCUCUCUCCAGGGGUAUUAUCGAGCCGCUUUUGACCCUGAAGAAAGCCAACCGACUGCCGGACUCGAACAUGGUAAUACUAAUCGACGCCAUGUGCGAGGCGGAGUAUCACAGACCGGACCGAGGCGACACCAUAGCUUCCUUCCUGACGAGGCAUGCACCUAACAUUCCUAGUUGGUUGAAGAUCGUUUGCACGGUUAGAACGCAGUUGCUGGACUGCGCGAAGCAAUUGCCGUACACGAGAAUUUCCUUAGACAAGACUGCGAACGAUGCGAUCGGGAACAGCAUCACGAAGGAUCUGUCCGAUUACAUCGGUUACAGGCUCGCUCACAGUCCUUCGAUACAGGCGAACGUGACCGCGUCGGUGAACAGCAAAGCGGAAUCGUCGUGCGCCGCGAAUCAGACGAGAUUCGCUUCGCACUUGCUCGCACUAGCCAAGGGCAGUUUUCUCUUUGCCAAACUGACGCUCGAUCUCAUCGAGAGCGGACAUUUAGUCGCCAAAUCUGCGAGUUACAAGGUAUUACCGGUCUCUCUCGCGCAGAUCUUUCUGUUGCAUUUUAACUUGAGAUUUCCCACGGCAACUUCGUUCGACAAAGUGCAACCUCUUCUGGCCGUCUGUUUGGCCGCUCUGUAUCCGUUGACUCUACCUGAAAUAUUCUAUUCUGUAAAUUCCUUGAACACAGACCAAUUUAUAACGUGGGAAGACUUUUUACAAAGAUUCAAGAUGCUCUCUGGCUUUCUCGUAAAGCGCUUAGACAACACGUACAUGUUCUUUCACCCCUCGUUCAGGGAAUGGCUGAUGAGAAGAGACGAGGGAGAAUCGACAAAGUUCCUGUGCGACUACAGACUCGGGCACACGGCGAUCGCGUUCAGACUGUCGCGUCUUCAGGCACCGCUGGACGGUGACAAGGCCCUGGAGUUGGGUCAUCACGUACUGAAGGCGCAUGUUUACAGAGGCGUGGCUCCGUGCUGGCCCUCGCGCGAUUUACAAGCUAUUUGGCUGACUCUGUCAACCGAAUGCAUUUCCUCGGCGUUGUGCAUGCUGCGGAACAUCUACAGCCCGAACGUAAAGGUGUCGAGAUUGCUCCUGCUGGCGGGCGCAUCGCCGAAUCACAUCACCGAAUAUCUGGGUAACGCACCCGCUCUGUGCAUGUACGCGCACGAGGGUUCCGUCGAGAUGGUGUCGCUCCUCCUCGAGUUUGGUGCCGACGUCGAGUUGACCAAUAAUCAAGGUUGCACCGCAUUAUCGCUGGCAGCCGCUCGAGGACACUGCGACGUAGUCAGAAGAUUGGCAGCUGCCGGAGCCUCACUGGGACACGCGGACAUGGCUGGCCAAUGUCCCUUGGUGCACGCAGCUAGGCACGGAAGACUGUCCGUGGUCGGCUACCUUCUCGCUUGCGAUUGGAUCGUGCCGACGGAGAACAGAACGGAAAGCGGUGCCUCGGAAAUAAGCAGAGAGGAAGCCGCUCAGCAGGCCGUUGUCGCGGCCGCGUCACAAGGUCACGAGGCCGUCGUGGAGUAUCUCUUGGAUAUGGCCGAGGUGAUCGUUGAUCGACCCGAUACGCUGAUAGGCGAGACCGCGCUGACAAUCGCCGCCGGCAACGGUUCAACCGCGACGGUUUCCGCGCUCCUGGCUCGCGGCGCCAAUCCCCUGGCCGUGAACGCGAAAGGACUCUCACCCCUUAUGCUAGCUGCUAGGGAAGGACAUUGGGGUACCGCGGAACGGCUCUUGCAAGGAGAUCUGUCCAGCAGCACGGACACAAUAUCGAACGAAGCUGCGUUGCUUCUGGAACAACACGAUUAUGCUGGACGUACCGCGUUAAUGCUGGCAGCUUCGGAGGGUCACGGUAAUCUCGUCGAACUGUUUCUCGACAAAGGAUCAAUCUUGGAAACGAAGGACAAAGAAGGUCUCACCGCUCUGGGAUGGGCGUGCGUUAGGGGACGCGUGGCCAUUGUGCAAAUGUUGCUCGAUCGCGGCGCCGAUGUCAACACGAAUGACACCACUGGUAGAACUCCGUUGGAUUUGGCCGCAUUCCAAGGUAAUCCAAAACUGGUGCAGCUGUUACUUGAGAAGGGAGCCGCGGUAGAACACGUCGACAUACACGGCAUGCGACCCCUGGAUCGAGCUAUCGGCUGUCGCAACAUACCGGUGGUGCAAUGUUUCCUGCGCCGUGGUGCCAAACUGGGCCCCGCCACUUGGGCCAUGGCUGCGGGCAAACCGGACGUUCUGAUAAUCUUACUGAACAAGCUUCUGGAGGACGGCAACGUUCUUUAUCGGAAGAACAGAUUGAAGGAAGCGUCGCAUCGUUACGCGUACGCUUUGAGAAAGUUCCCAGCGUCGCCGGAGGAGGACUGCCAGGGACAGGAGCAGAGUCACUUGAUGCUGCAGCUCCAAACUUUCACGCAGCUUCGGUUGAACUUUCUUCUGAAUCUCAGCCGAUGCAAGCGAAAGAUGAAUGAAUGCAUCGAAGCCAUCGAAUUGGCAAACGAGGCGCUCCUGGUCCGGCCCAUGUCUUACGAGGCGUUUUACGCCCGAGCGAAGGCGCAGGUGGAUCUGGGUCUGCUCGAGAACGCGCUGUCGAACGUUCAGGAGGCUCUGCAAAACGCUCCAGCCCAGAACAAGCAGGAUCGCAGAGUGCUCGCGAUCCUGAAAGAGGAGAUCGUCUCGCGGAUAAACGGCGCCGGGACCAGCAGGGAAUACGGCGACGACUGCAGCAUCGCCAGAUCUCGGUUGAGGGCGUCGGUGGACACUCUCACGGAAUUAUAACGAUAAAUCAUCAACUUUUCUUUGCAUUGUAAAUUAAUGUAAACGCUUCGAACAAGAUUGUGCUCUCAGAAAACAAAACAAAAUUGUGCAGCUUUUUUACGUAUUUUAUGUACACGUGUACACGUUCGAGGGAGAAUAAUUUAUUAUAUAUGUAUUAUUUAAUGUGUCUUUUGCGUUUAUUUUUUAUGCCCAAAGAAUUCGACGCAACGAGAGUUGAUAAAAAAAUUCGAUCAUCACACAAUUUUGUACGCUGUGUUAGAUUUAAAGAGGGUGAAAGCUUCGCCGUAAAAAAAAAAAACAAAAGACGAUCUUGCCAUGAAAUUGUAAGAUGUGUGUGUGAGUUGCAAAAUCAUUAACAACACAUUGCUUCCUACCGGAAACUUUUUUUGACCAAUAUAAAGUCUGUGUUUUUCAGUAUAUGAAUUUAGUUAGUCAUUCUUUUUUUUUAAUAUUUAAUAUUUAAGUAACGCAAUCGUUAUGAAGAGAAUUAUAUAUAUAUAUAUACAUAUAUUAACGCUUUUUAACAUUAAAAUAAACAAUGUUCUCACUUGUGAGACGUAAUUCUAGAAUAGCAUGUGUAUUCUCAAAAAUCUCAAAUGUCCUAUAACGAAAGAGACUUCAACUAUAUCACACAGAGAACUGAUUCCGCACAUAUAUAAGCUCCAUUUUAUAAGCGUUCCAGAUAUAUAUAUAUAAAAAAAAAAAAAAA